GAUGGAGUUUCAUGGUUGACCACAGUUGUAAAUGGGCUUUUGUUUAUGUGGGGCAAGUUGCCUUAAAUUUUAUUUCAUCUGGGGGAUGGUAAGUUUCAUAAUAUGUAUGAACUUCUGAAAGUUUCUGUUCCUUCUGUGUAUCCACUGCAGGUGGAUUAAAUUUCAUUGGUAUUCUAAAAUUAGAUAAAGCCUCAUUGUAAAAACAGCUGUAUAUUACUAUAUACAACUAGAGUCUGUGAGCUACCCUGGCCAUGGUUUUGAAGGGUAGCUCCAUCAAUUUGAAGUGCCCAUCAAAUUUGUAAACAGCAAAAUAGUUCUUAAGUUAAUUUGCUGGCUAUUAGUGAGUUUAUCUCAGUUUAGUAUGAACACAUGCCAUUUAUUCUUUGCUGCAACUAGAUAGUAUUAGGUGUCAUUCUGAAAUCUUUCUAUGGGGGUUGGGUGCUUUCUUUUCUAUAACCUACUGGUUUCUAAAACCAAGGAGUUAUAUGCACACUAACACAAAAUUAGGGGAUGUAAGAAUUUUUAUGUUGAAGAAGAUAAUAUAUAAAUAUAUGAUGAUUCAUCUUUGCCUCUAUUUGUUUAACCUGCUUCAGCAUUUAAUGUUUAUUGCUGAUCCUUAACCAAGAAUCCAUAUUGCCAGCAUUAUCAUUGUAUCUCAUGUUCCUAAUGUGUCAAAAAUCUACUCCUGUCAGCUUUGAAUUGAUGCUGCAACCUGCAUCAGUUGGUCUUUGGGGUGUAAUGUCCAAAGAUUCAACAAUGCACUAAGAAUUUCUCCUUUUUCUGAAUUGUAAGAAGACAAUCAUUUCAUCCCCACCACCCCUCCCACUCAGUCCAUCAAACUUUGCUGUGUCUGCUAGAUCAUUUCUCAUCUGAACUUCACAGACUGUAACCACCUUUCUUUCAAAUAUCUCCUCACAGAAUCACCUCAGAGAAUUUACAUAUCACUGUCUCCAAGGAAACCCGUCAUUGGAUAUAGAGACAAAAGCUGCUCACAAUACUCCUAAUGCAAUCUUGCCGAAGUGCUGUGUUGCAGCAAAGUCUCCAAGUUUUAUAUCGCAUCUCCAUCAGUAAACAAAAAUGUCCCAUGCUGUAUAUUUCCUUGCCAUUCACGGACCUUUCUGUUAACAUUCUGCACAUACAAACAUCUCAGACACACGAACAUUUUUAAAAGUUAUUUUUCUCUCCUGCCCACCAAAAUGAAUCAGCUCUCAUUUUCUCAAGUAUUUAAUCAGUUUGCAUCUUUUUAUUGAUCCUUUGUAUCUUCCCAGCAAUCAAGGCACUUUACAAGAAUUCUAUGUUACCACCUCAGUUGUAGAAAUACUUAGAGUGAUGAUGGAAGCUUAAAGAUUUGAGGGUUGCCAUAGAAAAUGGAAGUGGUUUGAGGAGAGAUUUGCAGAGCAUGGAGCACAGAGCUGAAGGCCAUUAAUAAAGCAACUAAAAUUAUGAAUUGUGUGUGUUGCUUGGAUUUCCAGCAUCUGCAGGUUUUCUCUUGUUUAAAAUUAUGAGCUGAAGAAGUUGGAGAUGGGAAGCUAAUUGUAAACCAGGAUAAGGACAUUCUUCAAAUGAAGGCCUUGACGUAGGUUGGAGGUGCUAAUAGUUAAUCAACUCAGUUUAUGGAGGCUGCUCACAUCAAAGUUGCUGGUGAACGCAGCAGGCCAGGCAGCAUCUAUAGGAAGAGGCGCAGUCGACGUUUCAGGCCGAGACCCUUCGUCAGGACUAACUGAAGGAAGACUUGCUUGAGAUCUUGACUCCUACCUCUACCAUGCCAAUUGACUUCACUAUGCAGUUCUACCUUCCUUCUCAAUUCAAGCAACUGAACUACACUCGAAAGAGAACACUGAAAGUAGCCCAACCACUUCGGCCAUGCAUCCAACUUCAUCUUGGUGAAGAUGCACCAGCCAGUAAGCACAGAACCAAGGAGCAGAAACGUGUUUCCUUUGCUGACAGCAAGGGCUUACCUUUGACUGCAGUUAAGUUCUUUGAUUUGCACAGUUUAGAGUUGUCUGUCAACGUUGACGAGCUGAUCAGUAGUUUAGUAGAUCUAAAGACAGCAGAUGAAAACAGCCUGCUCUUGGACUUUGCACAGCCCACUUCUGAUUUCCUGGACUUCAAGAACCGUUUGGAAGCUGACUUUGUUUGCCUUGAAAAUUGCCUGUUACAGGAGGGUAAGAUUAUGGGGACUAUCAAAGUGAAAAACAUUGCUUUUGAGAAGUCUUUGAAAGUUAGGAUAACAUUUGACACCUGGAAGACAUUUCAGGACCAUGAUUGCUGCUAUGUCCAAGAUUCUUAUGGUGGCUCUGAUAGAGACACUUUCAUGUUCACGGUGUGCUUGCCAGAAUACAUUGCGCCACAUGAAAGAAUAGAGUUUGCCAUCUGCUAUGAAUGUGGAGGGAAGACCUUUUGGGAUAAUAACAAAGGGGAAAAUUACAGGUUGAUCCGAUCGGAACUGAAGCACACUCCGGAGAUGGGCAAAACGAAUCAGUCACUGGAUGCCUUGUUAACAGGUUCCAACCAAAUGUCAGGUUAUGGAAUUGAGUUUGAUCGCUUUGGUGGACUCAAAUGCUCCUAUGGUGUCUUCCCUGAAUGGCCCAGCUACACUGGUUAUGACAAGAUUGGACCAUAUUACUGAGCAAAUUACUUGGUUUUAAAUUUGGUUUUCAAUGGGCAUAUGCUGGGUUAUAGUGAGGCAGGUGCAGGUUAUAACCAUUAACAUGUUUUGCCAGCAUGUCCGAACCUUGCUCAUUUAAUAAAUCUGUUGUGUCAGUAUGCAAACGUAUGCUGCAAAUCAGAAUGAGUGCCUUCUGAAGAUUACAGAAUAGUGCUGCACCGCCUCGAAUUCCAAGCACCAAACUUCUGGAUUCUGUGUGGCAAGUUUAUAAUUUAUCUGUGACGCUGAUCAAUUCAAGGAUUCCCUUCAAUUACUUCUGAAAUGUCCCAGUCUUCUUGACUCUUCCGAACAGCUUCAAAGUAUUUGUGCAAUUUUGAAUACUUGGAAUAAAGUUGUGGUUAUUGUAAUGGAGCUGUCACAUCUGAAGCUGUGCUGGUCACUACAAGCAUGCCUAGAUGUCUAAGCUACUGAUCUUUCUCAGUUAUUUGUUUUGCAAAGUAAUAAAACUUGCCUUGUUUUAAACUGCUUACAGGUUUGGUUUUUGAGCAAAGAUCCUGUUAUAAGUCUAGUGGCCGCUUAUUUUUGUAAAUGCAAUCCACUGCAGAGUUGUGUUCAGUCUAGUCAAUGGAAUACUGGUUUGAUCAGUUUUAACUAUCUGGAAGGUAAAGGUUGAACAGAUUCAUAACUGUGUAGAAAUUUUGCAAUGGCUGAUCACAUUAGAUAUUUCUUUCACAUUAUUCACAGAAAUAAUUUGAACUUUUUUAAAAAUCCUGCACAUUAUAGGGGAGGAUUUUAUAAAGAAAUAUUUUAUUGAUUGCUGUUUGUGUUUUGUUUUAAUUAGUGGCUUAUCCUGAAAUUGUUAGUUGCCCUCCUGAUCUGGAAGGGAGCUUGCAAUAUGUACUGAGCACCAGUGACUGCUUUUGUUGUGUAUCAUUCAGACUACUUGCUAAACCUGAGCCUAUGUAACUCUCUGAAUUAUUAUGAGCAAGCAAGAAUAUGCAUCAUUGUGAUGACCUGAAGGGGCGGGUUAAAAUGCAGCUCCUUUGCACCCGUAAAAUUUCAUGCCCAAGCGACUGUGUAGCAAACACGUGAGAAGAAUGUUCUGAGACACAGGAAGAUGAACAUUGUAGCUUCUGAAGGGUGCUGUCCCUGACAACCACUUCCAUCACUAGCCCCCAACACCAAGCAUCGGUAUGGCGUUUGGGGAACUGCUGCCUUUGCCCAGUCAUGUCACUGAGAAAGCUGUCCAAGAACUCCAGCUAGUGCAUCUCGGGGAGCCUGCAGCAGGUCCUUGAGCUGGAAUCCUCUGUGGUGAAGGAUCUCAUGGAAAGGCCUAGAUAGUGAAUAUGGAGAGGACAUUUUCAUUAGUAGGAGAGUCUAGCUUCCAAAGCCACAGCCUCAAUAAAAGGGUGAGCCUUUAAAACUAUGAUGAGGAAGAAUUUCUUUAGUCAAAGGGUGGGGAAUCUAUGGAAUUUAUUGUCACAGAUGGCUGUGGAGGACAAGUCAUUGGGUGUAUUCAAGGUAGAGAUUGAUAGGUUCUUGAUUGGCAAGGGAGUUGAUGGUUACAGGGAGAAGGCAAGAAAAUAAGGUCUUAAAAGAAUACACAAGGCCUUCCUUCAUAUUAAAUGGCAGAGCAGAUUUGAUGGGCUUGGUGGCCUAAUUCUGCUCCUAUAUUUUAUGGUCUUAUAGUAUCAGCACUUUAUUUAUCUUUUGGCUUCAUUGCACAUUGACACAAAUGAUGAAUUUCACUGUGUUCUUCGAUGGACAAGUGACCAAUACAGCUAAUUAAGCUAACCUUUGAACCUCCUCAGUUCAGCACUGUUCAAUGACUCUACUGCCCAUUUUGCAUCCAAACAAGACCAGCUUUUUGACUUUUACCUUGCAGCAUCAGCUCUUUGCCACCCAAUCUCCUUCCACCCAACCACAGGCCUUCCCUCUAGGUCUUCUCCCCUUUUCUGUGAACUAUAACUAUUUUCUCCUCCAGCCUUGAUAGGUCAUUGAUCUGAAUCACUAACCAUUCCUCGUUCUGCAGAUACCACUUGACCUCACAGAGGAUUUCCAGCGUUUUGUUUUCAAAACAUAUCUGUCCCCAAUUCCACAGCUUCUGAAGCUUGUAAAAUGCAAUAUGAUUUCAAUCCAAUUUAGUGCUGCGAUUAUCCGUGACAGUUCAUGGCUUCUUACGGUGCAUAUUAACACAGUUUCGUCAUCCUUUGCCUCCUAAAAGCUCAAAGCACUUAGGUAGAUGUUGGAACGACAACAGGAUAGUUUGAAUUCUUUCUUUAGGUGUGACAUUGCAGGCAUUCAGCUAGUGCUUCAGAGAAUAUGUUACACAAGGCUUUCCUUAUUUCCUAAAGAUGCAAAAUGCUUGCUUUGGCUGAGAAUUUCAGAAAUUAUGACCUUGUUAUCUUUUCCAGCAAUGUCAUAAAAUCUUAGAGUUAUAACAUCGCAAAAGAGGCCAAAAGGUUCUUGCCAGGUUGAGUAGAGUAACAAUUUCAUUCUUCACUCCUUCCCACUGCUCUAAUUGUUCUCAAGUUCGCCAUUGAUUCCACUUCCUUCAUCUCUUCAGUUCUUGUUUUCACAUUCCCACUUGCAUCUUACCCCAAGGUGUUAAAUCCAUACCCCUAGUUGUGGAUCCUUACGCUAACUUGUAACUUGUAAAUCAGUCACAUGGUUAAAUUCCUUCUUGCCCAUUUUCGCUCCGAGAAUAACAACCCUAGCUUCUCCAGUUGAAUCCAAUAGCAGAAAUUUCUCAACCCUCGAACCAUUCUUUCCUAUGCCUUCUCAGAGAUUGUUAUAUCCUUCGGAAAGAAUAAUUGAUGGCAAUAUUGAAGUUGUGGUCAGUCCUAGUGGUUGCACAAGUUUCACAUCAUGUAUCUACCAUUGUAUACUUCAAUCGACCCCAGGAUGCUAUAUGCACUUCCACUUAAACAGAUUUAUGUAAAUAUCCUCAAUGCUACACUCUUCACCUGUAGAUCUCAAUUCUGACCCUCGGCCCCAAUACAAUUUUAUUUUGAAAGUUGUUGUAGAUCAUUGUUGGAUAAUCUUGCCUCUGCAGAGUUGGUACUUGCAGUGAAAUCUAACUGUGGCUAUGGUGGGCAGAGAAGUUUUCAAACUCCAUUUUGGCAUAUGGGUUUGGUCAAUCUGUCACCCAGGAGAGACUUGUAUUCAUUAUUUACCCUCCUCAUAAUUUAAAAAGAGAUGAUUUAAGAAGGCUCAGCUUUGAAGAAAAAUCUAAUAUUAAAACUUCUGCAGAUAAAAGAGACUGAUACUUUUUGUUUAGUAAGUUACAGGAGACAUGAGCCAAGUUGCAAAAUGAAUACAAUCCAGUUAAUUGUUGAGUUGGUCCAAGGGGGCAGAAUGGCCUCUGAUAUCCAUGGGAAAUGUACUUUGUGGCUGUUGUACAAUUUCUGAUGACCACUGGCCUAUGAACGAUAUUGUCUUUGUACUUUAUACAAUAAAAAUUGUCUUCAAGUCAAAUUCUUCACUUGUAUCUUUUUCUGACUCAAAAUUACCUUUUAAACCUGGCUUCCUAACUGGCUGAGCAAAUUUCAUUUUGAAGUUACUGCAUUAAAUGUACAGGGAUUUGGGAGAAGAAAGAUGGCAGGUAGAUGAAGACUAUAAUCAAGAGAAAGCUGAUGCAAGUGUGGAUAUUUGCUUCCUGUGCCAGGGAGCUUUUAAACACAGCAGUUGCCACUUAUAAGGGUCAAACAAUUUAAGUUAAACUUAGCACUAAAUUCAAUAAAUAGCACUCUUGGGUCACUGCACCUGUCUUAUUGCUGAAGAAAUGCAGUAUAAGACGUUGUGUUAUUAUUAGCUUUUUCUUUAAAAAAAACACAAUGCUGGCUAAAUUAUUUAGUGCAGACCAGAUGGAGACAAUCAUUUAGUAUAUCAACGACUGAUCUAUUAAUAGGUUGGGAAGUUUAUGUAAUCAGGGAAGUCAGCUUCACAGCAUUAAUUGUGCGUGCUUGGGAUCUGUCUUCAAGAAGCUUUGAGACCAAUUGUGUUAAAAGUUAUCUGAAAGAAUAUGAUGUGUCAUCACCCAUGUGGCAAAGGCACUGUAAAUAAAGAGGGAAGUUCAGGAUUAGGAAUGGGGGAAGGAACAUUAAGCAUAGAAGAACACCAGGUUAAGGAGUCCAUUCCUCUGCCUUCAAUUUCUGUGACAGACGACUGGUUCAUCUGCAUUUUUGUUAUGUCUUUUUAGAUUAUAGAAAUUGCACCUGUGUUUUGGAAAUCCUUUGUUUUACAAAUGGUUUGUAAUUUAGAAAUCUUUUGUAAGAUGGAGUUCCUCUGAGUUUUAAAUGUGUUUUAGGAAUGCUGUUUGGUUUUAAAAGUGUAUCACUAAAAAUAAAUGAACUGUCUUUUAAACUA